CCUUCGACUCCACUGCGCAGGCGCCCCGGCUGAAGCUGUCUCCCUCCCCGCCCGCUGCCGGGCAGAGCGGAGGCCCCUCGCAGGGGGAGGGGGCGGCUGGGCCGGGCGGAGGGAGCUUCGCAGGCUCCGCAAAGGAGGCUGAAGAUCCCAUGGCGGCCUCAGGAGAGGAGACCCUGGAGGGGCAGCUGGGCCAGGAGGCCACCUGCCCGCUCUGCCUGGACUUCUUCGAGCAGCCGAUGUUCCUGUCCUGCGGGCACAACUUGUGCCGGGACUGCCUGGCCCAGCUGGGCCCUGAGCCUUCCUGCCCCCAGUGCAGGGUCAAGGUGGAGCCCGGCAGCGCCUGCCCCAACCGGGCCCUGGCCAACGUGGUCCGCCUGGUGAAGAGGCGUCGGCUGUCGGAGGGCGCCCAGGAGGAGAGCAGCGGCCAACGGCUGUGCCAGGAACACGGGCAGCCCCUGCAGAGCUUCUGCUCCCGCGAGAAGAGCCUCCUCUGCCCCGGCUGCCUGGAGGGGCACCAGGGCCACGCGCUCCUCUCUCUGCCUGAGGCUGCCCAGGAGUUCAAGGACAUGCUGGAUGGCCUCCUGGAGCCCCUGAGGAAGGAGGAGCAGAAGUUGCUGGAGCAGAGGCGGGCCGAGGAGCAGAGCUGGCAGGAGUGCCAGGAGCUGCUUGCCGCCGAGAAGCAGGUGGUGUGCGUGGCGCUGGAGUCCCUGCAGGAGCUGCUCCGGGAGAGGCAGCCGGUCUGGCUGAGCUGGCUGGCCGAGCAGGAGGAGAAGAUGGAGGCCGAGCGGGCGGUGCCCCUGGCCAAGCUCUCCGGGGAGGCCUCCCGCCUGCAGCAGCUGAUG